AUGGAGAGGCUCGUCUACCUCUUGACCAUAACAUUCUUAUCCAUGGCGCUGCUGGUGCCACUCCGCGGACAAUGCGAAGCAGCUAGAGCUGCCGCUGCCACAAGCUGCCAUGCCGGCACUGGAGCUGCUGCUGCAGCAGCAGCAUCGUGCAGCAGGAGCCGCUGCGGCGGCAAGUCGGCGGGGAAACAAAAACAGCAGCCGCAGGUGGAGGGAAUGUUCGUGUUCGGGAGCUCGCUGGUGGACAACGGCAACAACAACUUCCUCAACGGCUCCGGCGUGCGCGCCGACUACCUCCCCUACGGCGUGGACUUCCCGCUCGGCCCCUCGGGCCGCUUCUCCAACGGCCGCAACGUCAUCGACGCGCUCGGCGAGCUCCUCGGCCUCCGCGGGCUCGUCCCGCCCUUCGCCGACCCGCGCACCCGCCGCGCCCACGCCGCGCUGCUGCGCGGCGUCAACUUCGCCUCCGGCGGCUCCGGCAUCCUGGACCACACCGGCCAGGUCACCGGCGAGGUGGUGAGCCUGCGGCAGCAGAUCACCAACUUCGAGUCGGUGACCCUUCCUGACCUGCGGGCCCAGCUGCGCGGCCCAGCUGCGACCGCCAACCGCGGCCGGGCCAAGGGCCAGGAUUACUUCCACCAGUGCUACCUCUCCAAAUGCCUCUUCGUCAUCGGCACCGGCGGCAACGACUACCUGCUCAACUACUUCAACCCCAGGAAGAACGGCGCCGAGGGUGGGCCGCCCCUGUCAGAGUUCACUACGUCGCUCAUCACCAAGCUCUCGGACCAUCUUCAGAGGCUGUACGGUCUUGGCGCACGGAAGUUUGUGAUCUUCUCGAUCCAGCCGACCGGGUGCACCCCCGUGGUCCGGGCGUUCCUCAACAUCACCGGCGCCGCCUGCAUCGAGCCGGUGAACGACGCGGUGGCGCUCUUCAACUCCGAGCUCAGGCGGCUGGUCGACGGCGCCAGGCCGCCGCGCAUGCCCGCCGCCAGGUUCGCCUACAUCGAUUCCUACAAGAUCAUCAGGGACAUGCUGGACCACCCCGCCAAACAUGGCGUUCGGGAGACGAGCAGAGCCUGCUGCGAGAUGUCGACGAGGUCGUCGGGCGUGCUGUGCAAGAAGCAGGGGCCCGUGUGCAGGGACCGGACGGAGUACGUCUUCUUCGACGGGCUGCACCCGACGGACGCCGUCAACGCCAGGAUCGCGCGCAAGGGCUACGGCUCCAGCUCGCCCGACCAAGCCUACCCCAUCAACGUCAAGAAGCUAGCCAUGCUCUAG